GAAGAUCUUGGGUUUGAACGAUGGAGUUUUGGGGGAUUUGGUGUUUGCUACUUGGAGUGACAGUGUGCAGAGGGAAUGUUACUCCUCCAGUGGUGAAGAUCAAUCUGGAUGAAGCUGCUGAACAGAGGUGGAGUCCUCUAAAACAGCUGUUUGAUAGGGAUUUCUUACACAAAGCUGCAAACCAAGUAAUCGACUCCACUAUUCCAAUGUGGGUUCACCAGGCUAUCAGACCUUUGGUAAGAGCUCUGGAAAAGUAUGUCCCACAACCCUACGCUGCUGAGAUCAGAGGCAUGGCAUCACUCUAUGGCUCUGACAUCUCUGACGUUGUCUUGCUUAACUUCGCUUAUGAAGUUUCUGCGUUUUGUUGCAGCAUUGUGGCUCAGGACUCUACGGGAAAAAUUUACCAUGGCCGAAACCUAGACUACCCCCAUGAUGUGCUCAAAAACCUUACCAUUGAUGUCAUGUUCAUCAAAAAUGGAGAAGUGGCUUACAGGGGAACGUCUUUUGCUGGUUAUGUUGGAUUGUGGACUGGCCAAAGUGCAAAGAAAUUUACUGUGUCUGGGGACCAACGAGAUAAGGGUCACUGGUGGGAAAAUAUCAUUUCAGCCGUUUUUUUAAAGAGUUCCCCUGUAAGCUGGCUAGUGAGAGAGACUCUUGAGCAAGCCACAGACUUCCAGGAUGCAGUGGUGAGGCUUUCUACAAUACCCAUUAUCACUGAUGUGUACUAUAUUGUGGGAGGUGUUCAUCCAAGAGAGGGUGUGGUCAUCACCAGGGACAGGAUUGGUUCUGCCGAUAUUUGGCCACUGGAUCCUCAAUAUGGAGACUGGUACAGGGUUGAGACCAAUUAUGACCACUGGCUACCCACACCCAAAAAAGACAAAAAAAGAGAAGUGGCUAUGAAAGCAAUGAAUGCUACAGGUCAAAAUAAUAUCAACACACAUUCUCUUUAUAAGGUUUUAUCAGUGUAUCCAGUGUGCAACAGCAAUUCUGUCUACACAACAGUGAUGAGUGCUGCGGCCCCAGAUGAGUACAAAACAGUAGUCAGACAGACAUGCGAUGUGUCCUAAAGGACAGAGGCUGAUUCUUUCAACUGGACCCUUCACCUAGAUUUGUUCCUAAAUCUCAUUGAACCAUAGAAUGUAGUAUUUACUUUGAUUAACUGUGCUUAUUUUAAUCAAAAUUAGCUGUUUUAUGUUAAUACAGGUAUGAUAUGCACAUUUACAGAGGUCAAUCCGAUUAUCUAGCACUGACUUUUAAACAGUAAUUGUUAUCAAAUGCCUUUUUAAAUUUGCUUUUAACUUUAAUUAUAAUAUGACCAUAUUAUUGGAUAACUAUUAAUACAAAUGCCUAUUGAUG